AUGCUUGAAUUUGUAUUAAUCUCUAUAGAUUUAAAAGAUCCAAAAAUUUUGGAACAAAAUGCACCAAAUGAAAAAAGAACAUUGGAUACACAAUUGCAUGAUUCAAAUGACCCAAACGUUAAAGUGCCUACUAAAACAGGAUUAUUAAAGAUUCCGAAGACUUUUUACACUCCAUUUAAAGAUUCUCAAUUAUACUCUCCAUAUGAUCUUUCAUUUGAAAAGAAUUUAGCAUAUCGCUAUUCCCUUAAUAAUGUUAAAGAAGAUACAUGGAAACGGCUCUGUAUCAGUCCUCUUAAACAAUAUAAAAGUUUUAAUGUUUUAUCGGAGUUUAUUACAGAAAUGGGGAGAAUUCUACCAAGAGAUGAAACGGGAUGUAGUGCAAAACAUCAACGACAACUUGCUAAAGCAAUUCGUCGAUGCCGUGGAAUUGGUCUUUUAUCAACUACUCAAAGGCAUCCAACUUAUUUAGAGAGUAAAAGAAAGUAUUAUAUGAACAAAAAAGGAGCCAUAGAAGAAGCGUAA